AUGUCGUUUCUAGGAGGCCCAGAAUUGGUGCAUGAGGUCAUUGAGAAGAUUCGGGUUAUUAGAGACAGGUUAAGAAAGGCCCAAAGUGGGAAAAAGUCCUAUGACGAUGUUAGAAGGAGAGAUCGAGAAUUUGAUGUCCAUAAUUGGGUUUAUUUGAAAAUCUCACCCAUUAAGGGUGUUGUGAGGUUUGUAGAGAAGGAGAAACUUAGUCUUCGAUUUGUGGGUCCUUAUGAGAUUUUGAGGCGUGUUGGCAAAGUUGCAUUUGAGUUAUAUUUUCCAAAUGAUUUGGCGUUGGUGCAUCCAGUGUUCCAUGUCUCAAUGUUGAAGAAAUGUAUUGGGGAUCCAUCAACCAUAGUUCCCUUAGAGGGAUUUGAGGUUAAGGAGAAUCUUGUUUAUGAAGAGGUACCGGUUGAAAUGCUAGACCGGCAGGUCAAGAAGUUGAGGAACAAGGAUGUCUCCUCUGUGAAGGUAUUUUGGAGAAAUCACUUAGUUAAGGGUACUACUUAG